CCUUGGAAGUACACGUCCGUUUCGUGCAUCUGUCGUGGACUGGGGGAGGGAAACAGAGGCAGAAAAAAGGAAAGACAGCAUCCAAAACAGAGAAAGCUCUCUCAGCCAAGAAAUCAGAAAGGAGCAAAUCCUUUGGAAUAAAUAACACAGACCUUGUUUUUUUCUUCAAAAUACGGGAAGGAAAAAAAGAAUUUAUUUGCUGUUUUUGCAUUCAUCUCAAACCUGAUUCUUCAGUAGAAAGCCACACAAAAAAAAGUUGGAAUUAAAUUUCAGAAGCGGAUUGGAGUCAGAGUUUCGUGUCAGAACUAAACCGAUUUCCUCAAGCAGUUUAGUUUGGGAUAUAUUAUCAUUUACGCAGGUUAUUUUGCGAUUGUUUUGCACAGCCCUCGUAUAUUUUGUAUCUGUAUAUAUAUAAAGUUGUAGACUAAUAUUUAUUAGAUUAGUAGCCUGGCUCUGUUAUAAAUUACCUGUCAAAAAGACUCGUUUUACAACGAAGAGAAGAACAAAAACGCAAGCUCGUGGAUUUCUAUGAUUUUUGUGAAAAACCCAGAAGUUCAGUAACCCGAUCGGAGACUGCAAUGGAUUCGAGGAGGAUCGCAUUAAGUUGCUGGUUCCUGUUUCUCGCAAAGGUUGCCGCGGGAGACGCCUGCGAGAGUAACCGCUUCACGGAGGAUGGCGAGUGUUGUGACCUUUGCCCCUUAGGAUUUGGGGUCGCUGUCGAAUGUGGCAAAACCAACACCCAGUGCGAAGCCUGCCAGGAGGGUGUGGCAUUCUCUGCGCUCCCUGGCACCCCCUGCAGCCCGUGCUCGCUCUGUCCCCAGGGUAUCCAGGUGACGGGUCUCUGCACAGCCACGCAGGACACGCAGUGCAACUGCGGCGACGGCUUCUUCCUCAAUGUGGUGAAUGGCUCUGACCCUCUGUGCACUCCUUGCUCGUCCUGUGGGAAGGGGCUGGGUGUGGAGUGGGAGUGCGGGCCUCGCUGGGACACCAAGUGCAAGGCCUGCCCAGCGGGAACCUACUCCGAGGAGAACAGCCAGACUGAGACCUGCCUCAACUGCACAACCUGCCAGGAGAGCGAGGUGCAGAUCCGCGAGUGCACCGCCAACUCCGACACACUCUGCAUGGACAAGAAACUGAUGAUCUUGCAGAGACAGGGCACUGCCAACCCGAAGGACUCCCCUCGCCGCGUAGAUCCCGUGGAGUCUGAGACCAGCACCUACCCCAGCUCCCCAGACUUCAUCCCUCAGGAGGACAGUGGCAAGAACAUCAUCCCAGUAUACUGCUCCAUCCUGGCAGCCAUUGUCAUUGGCCUACUCGUCUACGUCGCGUACAAGUGCUGGACCUCAUGCAAGCAGAAGCAGCAGCUGGCGAAAGCGCGUGCCAGCGAGCUCAGCUGCUCCCCCGAAGGAGAGAAACUGCACAGCGACAGCGGGGUCUUCCUGGAUACACACAGCCUGCAGGAGACACAGCAGCUCAAAGGCAAUAAACUGGAGAGCUGUCUGUACCUCAACGUUGCCCCCCAGAGGCAGGAGGAGAUUGAGCAGCUGCUGCUGGACACCUCCAGCGGUGGGAAGGGCUGGCGCCACCUGGCUGCUCAGCUGGGGUAUGAGCAGGAUCGUGUGGACACCUUCGGGCGGGGCGAGGACCCCGUGCACACCCUGCUCUCUGAUUGGUCUGCUCAGGAGGGCGCCACUGUGUCGGUGCUGUACUCUGCGUUGAGCCGCAUCGAGAGGAGUGAAGUGGCCGCAGCUCUAAGCAGACCAGCCGAGGCCAGCUCCGUGGUGUGACCUGGGACAGAGAGAGAGAGGACUGUGG